UUAAAAUGAAAUAAAAAUUAGAAAACAAAACAGCACUCCUUCUCCGUACGGUAAGAAUCGACGUUCGACUUCACGGCGUUGUAUCGUCUCAUUUUCGUUCCCCGAAAAUCGGAAUUGGAUUCGUUUUAUCCAACUCCUGUGAGUUCGCUUCAAUUUCUCUGUUUUUUUGACAACAGAAAGAAAAAUUAAGAAAAAAACCGAAUCCGAAUUCAAAUACUUGAAAAAAUAAACUCAAAAUUCAUAUCAUGCAGCGAUUUGUUGAUAACGCCCUCGCCGUCACCAAAGAUGCAGGUCGGUGAAGACGUUCACGUAUGAGUCAUUGAACAACGUUGUGAGGCUGAUCAAUGGUAUUUCAGCGCUUUUGCUGACUGUUCUACCGGGGAAAGCUACUAUUCUUGAAGGUUUACAUGGUUGGGAGCUUCGGCCGACAUUUCGUGGGCCCAGGUUUCCCCGUUGGAUGGAAAAUGGUGUGUCCUCGUUCAACCAAUUCAUUCAUGAGCUUUCUAUGGAUUCUGAUACUUCAAGUGUAGAUUACACUUCAGGAGAGGAGGAUUUUGAUGCAGGGUAUCCUUCAUCACCAUCAUCACAUGGUUCACGAAUCUCCAGGACAACUAGCUCCAAUAAGUAUGAAAGGCAUAAGACUGGUUGGAUCAUGUUCAUACUCUCAUGGAUUCUGUUUCCAAUUAAGUUUUUGCUGAGGAUACUUUUUCAUCUUGGCCGAAUGUCUUAUAGAAGGGGGGCAAAAGCGUCUUUUCCAGUUCAUCAGCCUCUGCAUUUACGGUCGAUUAAGAGAGUGCACACCCUGAAGGAUCAUGUUGUUCACCGUACUACUGACAGGAGACGUGGAGUCAUUGAGGACCUUCAUCUAGCAAUUGAGAUUGUCAUAGAAGUUGUAUUUGAUUUUUUUCACAAGGCUGCACAUUUUCUUCUUUCCCCUACAGAAGCUUCUAGAUUAGCGAACAGAUGGUUUUCAUCUGACAGCAGUGGCAGCAAAGAUAUUAAUGAUGGUGUUUCUGAUGCCACAGUGCAAACAGCAACAAUUGGUGAGAAUGAUCCAACUGUUAGAGAAAAGAAAACUAAUCUUCAUCACGCUAUGAAUACAGAUGCUCGUACCUGUCAAGAUGUUAUAACAGAGCUUGGGUAUCCAUAUGAGGCUAUACGUGUGGUAACUUCUGAUGGAUAUGUUCUUCUUUUGGAAAGAAUUCCCAGACGUGAUGCUCGGAAGGCUGUUUAUCUACAACAUGGAAUUCUGGAUUCAUCUAUGGGGUGGGUUUCUAAUGGAGUUGUUGGUUCUCCAGCAUUUGCAGCCUAUGAUCAAGGUUAUGAUGUUUUCCUUGGGAAUUUCCGUGGUCUGGUUUCUAGGGAGCAUAUCGACAAAAAUAUUUCCUCUCGACAGUACUGGCGGUACUCUAUCAAUGAGCAUGGAAUGGAGGAUCUUCCAGCUAUUAUAGAGAAGAUUCAUGAUACUAAAACUUCAGAAUUGAAGAUAAGUCAUCCUGAUCUCAAGGAAGAAAUAAAUGAGGAUCAGCCUUACAAACUCUGUGCAGUCUGCCAUAGCUUGGGAGGAGCUGCUAUGCUGAUGUAUGUUAUAACUCACCGGAUUGAAGAGAAGCCCCACAGACUCUCGAGAUUAAUUUUAUUAUCUCCAGCUGGCUUUCAUGAUGAUUCCAGCUUGGUUUUUACAGUGUUUGAGUAUCUGUUCCUAUCUAUGGCGCCUAUUCUUCAGCAUAUAGUGCCAGGCUUCUAUAUACCAACUAGAUUCUUCCGUAUGCUGCUAAAUAAGCUGGCACGAGACUUUCAUAACUAUCCUGCUGUUGGAGGCCUGGUUCAAACACUAAUGAGUUAUGGUGUUGGUGGAGACAGUUCCAAUUGGGUUGGAGUGUUAGGUUUGCCACACUUCAAUAUGAAUGACAUGCCUGGAGUUUCAUGUCGAGUAGCUCAUCACCUUGCACAGAUAAAACAUUCAGGAAAAUUUAUAAUGUAUGAUUAUGGGAAUGCAUCCAAGAACAUGGAGGUGUAUGGCUCUCCCGAGCCAUUGGACUUAGGUGAAUAUUAUAAACUUAUUGAUAUUCCAGUGGAUCUGGUUGCCGGACGGGAGGACACUGUAAUUCGGCCUUCAAUGGUAAGGAAGCAUUACAAGUUGAUGAAAGACUCUGGUGUUGACGUAUCAUACAGCGAGUUUGAAUACGCCCACUUGGACUUCACGUUCUCCCACCGUGAAGAACUCUUAGCCUAUGUCAUGUCACGCUUGCUUCUCGUGGAGCCUACCCCCCCAAAGAAACAACUUAGUCAUAAGGCCAUGAGGUCGAGGAAAAAAGGACAGGUUAGUUCCUAAUGGUGAAUAUAAUACAAAAGCCAUCUGAAUUUAGCUUGUGUGUUGUAUCUCUCGGAUUGUUGUACAUGAUUUAAAGAUAGGUCUUUCUUCAAACAUGAUUAUCUUGUGCAUGAUUUAAAGAUAGGUCUUUCUUCAAACAUGAUUAUCUUCUGGUAUGUUUUUUUGACGCUGAAAGUUAAUUGUUAGCUGGGGUAGAGUUAGGUACUAAAAGUUGUAUACCAGAAACCAAAGGUGCUGUACUUCUAUUUGUAGAUAGGUCUUUCUUCAAACAUGAUCAUAUGAGUAAGCUUUCUGGUAAGUUUUUUCGUCACGGAAAGCGAACCGAUAGCUGAGAUAGAGUUUAUGUAGUACAAAGUUGUAUACCAGAGAACAGAGUAUAGUCAGAAUAUGAAUAGAUUUGUGGUCUGUAAUUUUAUACUGCAAAACUUAGUUUUGGACAAAGUUUCCAUCUCCAUGUAAUGCUGGGAGUACCCUUAUUAUGGGGGAUGAAUAUAUACGAAAGUGAACUAAUGUGAUUGUAGCAGCAGUACAUAAAAUAGUUGUUGCUGGCUUGCA